AUGAUCCACUCGACAGAGGGUCCUGUCAAGCAGCAGCUUGAGGACAAGCUGCCCAAGCGCUUCAAGGGCAUCAAGUUUGGCAUUCAGUCGAACCAGGACAUUGCCAACCAAGCCGUCCUUGAGGUCUCGGACCGACUGCUGUACGAUAUUGAAAACAACCGAGCUCCAUAUCGCCAUGGGCCUUUGGAUCCGAGGCUGGGAACCUCGAGCAAGAGCGGCAAAUGCGACACUUGCCAUGACUCUCUACAGAACUGUAUUGGGCACUUUGGCCACGUCAGAUUGCCUCUGCCGGCCUUUCAUAUUGGCUAUUUGCGAUUCAUCAUGUCCAUUCUGCAGGAGAUUUGCAAGGAUUGUGGAAGAGUGUUAUUGGAAGAGCCCGAACGGCGGUCCUUCCUCAAGGAGCUGAGACGGCCGAUGGACAACCUCCGCCGUACGCAGAUUUGCAAAAGAAUCAACGAGCAGUGCCGCAAGUCCAAGACUUGCCCCUACUGUGGAUCGGUGAAUGGCCAGAUUCGAAAAAUCGGCGUCCUCAAGCUCACGCAUGACAAAUUUUCCUUUUAUAAUAAAUCUACCGCCGCCAAGAAGGUUCCUCCCGAAAGCAAAGUCAAGUUCGACGACUCCUUCUCCCAAGCAAAGCGCGAGAAUCCCGAGCUCGAGAAGCACCUCCGCAAGGCCAUGGAGGAUCUGAACCCUCUCAGGGUAUUGAACCUCUUCAAAAUGAUAAGCCCAACGGACUGCGAGCUGCUUGGUCUUGAUCCAGCCGAGGGACGUCCAGAAAUGUUCAUUUGGCAAUUUGUGCCUGCGCCCCCGGUGUGUAUUCGACCCUCGGUGGCACAGGAUAAUGCCAGCAACGAAGAUGAUCUUACAACCAAAUUGGCCGAUAUUGUUUGGGUGAGCGGCAUGAUCCGAUCAGCCCUACAAAAAGGCUCUCCCAUCCAAACAAUCAUGGAACAGUGGGAGUACCUGCAGACUCAGAUAGCCAUGUACGUCAACAGUGAUGUUCCAGGUCUGCAGCAGCCAGGAUUUGGCAAAUCCACCAGAGGUUUCUGCCAGCGAUUAAAGGGAAAACAAGGUCGGUUUAGAGGUAAUUUGUCCGGAAAGCGAGUCGAUUUCUCUGGCCGUACCGUUAUUUCGCCCGACCCCAACUUGGGGAUCGACCAAGUUGCUGUCCCCCAGCUUGUCGCCAAAAACUUGACAUAUCCCGAAAAGGUCAAUCGGCAAAACAUCGAAAAGCUACGCCAAUGUGUCCGAAACGGCUGCGAUGUGUGGCCUGGAGCGCAGGGAAUCCUCAAGAAAGAAGACGACAGUUACUACAAAUUCAAUCUACGCUUUGGUAAUAGAGAUUUGGCGGCCAAGCAACUUAGCUAUGGCGAUAUUGUCGAACGCCACCUCGAGGACGGUGACGUGGUGCUCUUCAACCGUCAACCCUCCCUUCACAAGCUCAGUAUUAUGAGCCAUCUCGCCAAGAUUCGACCCUGGAGGACAUUUCGUCUCAAUGAGUGUGUGUGCAACCCGUACAAUGCUGAUUUUGAUGGUGAUGAAAUGAACCUCCACGUUCCUCAGACAGAAGAGGCGAGGGCAGAGGCUAUCAAUCUCAUGGGCGUCAAGUACAAUCUAGCUACCCCCAAGAACGGAGAACCGAUUAUUGCUGCAACGCAAGAUUUCAUCACAGCUGCUUUCUUGCUAAGUAGUAAGGAUCGAUUCUUUGAUCGCAAAUCGUUUUCAUACAUCUGCAUGCACAUGAUGGAGCAGGGAACUAAAAUCGAGAUUCCUCCUCCCGCUAUUGUGGCACCAAAGGCCCUGUGGACUGGAAAACAAAUAUUCAGCAUCAUGAUGAGACCAAACAAGGACUGUUCCGUCAAGAUCAACCUUGACGCAAAGUGUCGAGCAUACAAAGCGCGCCCCGGGCAAUGCCCUGAUAUGGACCCCAAUGAUGGCUGGCUUGUUGUUCGCAAUUCAGAGGUCAUGUGUGGUCGUAUGGACAAGUCAACCGUCGGAUCUGGAAAGAAGGAUUCCAUCUUCUAUGUUAUUCUUCGAGAUUUCGGCCCAGACGAGGCAGUUAUUGCCAUGAAUCGGCUAGCCAAGCUUUGCGCCAGAGCGCUCACGAACCGAGGAUUUUCUAUUGGUGUUGGCGACGUCUUCCCUACAGAGACUCUGAAUGUCGAGAAAGAGAACUUGGUAUCGACCGCCUAUAAGAUGUGUGACGAUCUUAUCGAGACUUUUAAGCAAGGCAAACUAGACAAGGCUCCGGGCUGUAACAUGGAGCAGACUCUGGAAAACUCCAUCUCUGGUAUUCUCAGCAAGGUUCGACAGCAGGCCGGUUCUUACUGUAUUGAUACUCUGAGUCGAAACAACGCUCCCCUCAUCAUGGCGCAGUCUGGCUCCAAGGGCUCCGAUAUUAACGUUGCUCAAAUGGUGGCCGUUGUCGGUCAGCAAAUUAUUGGUGGGCAGCGAGUUCCUGAUGGGUUCCAAGACAGAAGUUUGCCUCAUUUCCACAAGAACGCUCGCCAACCCCCCUCUAAAGGCUUCGUCAAGAAUAGUUUCUACACGGGAUUAUUUCCCACGGAAUUCUUAUUCCACGCCAUUUCUGGUCGUGAAGGUCUGGUCGAUACUGCUGUCAAGACUGCUGAAACUGGUUAUAUGUCGCGACGACUGAUGAAGUCACUGGAGGAUUUAUCAACUCAGUAUGAUGACACUGUCAGAACAUCAGGAGGUGGCAUUGUUCAGUUCCAGUUUGGAGCUGACAAGCUCGACCCUGUUGACAUGGAGGGCUCCGCUGAGCCCGUCAACUUUAAGCGAACUUGGAGUCAUGCCGAAACACUUACCUGGGAUAAUGAGGAGGCCGCCAUGACCCCCAGCGAAAUCAGGGCAUUCUGUGACUCCAUGCUUGCUGUUGAGCGAAAGCGGUUUCCCAGGCAUGGGCUAGCAUAUGGCGAGAAGCUUGACUACGAAGACACAACGGAUUACGGUAUUGAUGAGCACGAAGGUGCCCGACGCUUCCUGAAGACCAUUGAAAACCAUGUAGAAGGAUUGGCUUCCAAGCUCGAGAAGGUCCGAAAGCUGGCUGGAUUUGAUGGCGACAAGAUGCUCAGGGCCACUGCUCAAGAUCAUGCUGACCGUACUGCCAAGGUGACGGCAACAACGUUGCGGCUCUUUAUCAAGAUGUGUCUUGAAAAGUACAAGAAAGCCCACGUGGAACCUGGCCAUGCUGUCGGAGCCGUUGGUGCUCAGUCUAUUGGUGAACCUGGUACGCAGAUGACGCUGAAAACUUUCCAUUUUGCUGGUGUUGCCGGUAUGAGUAUCACACAGGGUGUACCGCGUAUCAAGGAAAUCAUCAAUGCCUCCAAGAAUAUUAGCACGCCGGUUAUUACAUGCCCUCUGAUGAACGAUAAACAAAUUGAGGCCGCAAGAGUCGUCAAAGGCCGUAUCGAAAAGACGUACAUCUUGGACGUGCUACAUUUUGUCGAAGACGAAUGGCGUCCUGACGAGGGCAACGUGGUACUACAAAUUGACCGAAGCGCUCUGUCAGACCUACACCUGGGCAUUGGUAUUUAUGACAUUGCCGAAUCCAUCUGCAAACAGCGAAAACUCAAGAUUCCUCGGGAAGACCUGUCUGUCUAUGGCGAGAGGAUCGUCAUUCGGGUACGGGAUGCAAGUGAUAUGCCCGCCAGAAAGACGACACGUACCAAGCCAGCCCUCGAGGACAGCGGCGACAUGUUACUACGAGCCAACUUCUUGCGUCGCGCGCUCCCGCACGUCCCCAUUUCUGGGUAUUCGGAGGCUACUCGUGCCAUUAUUCAAACAUCGGAGCAGAACACCCACAUGGUGCUUGUCGAAGGUUAUGGAUUACGCGAGUGCAUGACUACAGAGGGAGUCAUUGGCACCCAAACCCGGUCAAACAAUGUCAUGGAGUGUCGUGACGUGCUUGGUAUCGAAGCUGCACGAAGCACCAUUGCUGAUGAGAUCAGCCAGGUCAUGGGUGACAUGGGUAUCGACCCUCGACAUAUGCAGCUUCUUGCCGACGUCAUGACGUACAAGGGAGAGGUGCUAGGUAUCACGCGAUUUGGUCUCUCCAAGAUGCGCGACAGUGUAUUGCAGCUGGCAUCGUUUGAAAAGACGCCGGACCACUUGUUCGAGGCUGCGGCGGGUAUGAAGACGGACCAGAUUGAGGGUGUAAGUGAGUGUAUUAUCAUGGGACAGACGAUGGCUGUGGGCACGGGCGCAUUCCAGGUUGUACGACGGCUGGGGAUCCGACCGGGGGACAUGGCGCAGAAAAAGACACUAUUCGAGGAUGCGUGGAAUUCGGAAGUGAGGGGGAAGAAGAAGGUGAGGAGGAGAGCAUAG